AUGAACAGACUCAAAAUUCUCGCCACAGUAUUUACUGUCCUUGCAGCAUGCUCGGCUACUUCCGCAAUGUUAUAUUUCUACAUUGAUACGCCAACUGGGUCGUCAAACAUUUGGUGCCAAGUUAUUGCCACGUUCGCCUCUGGUUUCGGUUCGGGAAUCAUGCUCUGUCUUCUCGGUACUCUUUGUGAAUAUCGUCUAUAG